CCGGCCGGGUCAGCGUGAUGCGCAUGCGCGGACCCGGCGCCAUUUUGGUGGCCGGGCGCGGAGGUGAUUCUACAGUGAGGGGGAACGCGACGGCGAGGGUGGCGGCGGCCGCGUUCGUGUGCUCGGGUCUGAAUCGCUGAGGGAGGAGGCGGCGGCGGCGGCGGAAGAGGUGGCAGCGGCAGCGGUGGCGGUGGUCGUAGCGGUGGCGGAGGAGGCGGGUACGAAUCAGCUGCGGGCAGAGACAUGGCCAACAUCGCGGUGCAGCGAAUCAAGCGGGAGUUCAAGGAGGUGCUGAAGAGCGAGGAGACGAGCAAAAAUCAAAUUAAAGUAGAUCUUGUAGAUGAGAAUUUUACAGAAUUAAGAGGAGAAAUAGCAGGACCUCCAGACACACCGUAUGAAGGUGGAAGAUAUCAACUAGAGAUAAAAAUACCAGAAACAUAUCCAUUUAACCCCCCUAAGGUCCGGUUUAUCACUAAAAUAUGGCACCCUAAUAUUAGUUCCGUCACAGGGGCUAUUUGUUUGGAUAUCCUGAAAGAUCAAUGGGCAGCAGCAAUGACUCUGCGCACGGUAUUAUUGUCAUUGCAAGCGCUGUUGGCAGCUGCAGAACCAGAUGACCCCCAAGAUGCAGUAGUAGCGAAUCAGUACAAACAAAACCCUGAAAUGUUCAAGCAGACAGCUCGACUUUGGGCACACGUGUAUGCUGGAGCACCAGUUUCUAGUCCAGAAUACACCAAAAAAAUAGAAAACCUCUGUGCUAUGGGUUUUGAUAGGAAUGCAGUAAUAGUGGCCUUGUCUUCAAAAUCAUGGGAUGUAGAGACUGCAACAGAACUGCUUCUGAGUAACUGAGGCACAGGAGCUGCACCGUAUCGCUGCUCGCCUCCUGAGGAGCAUCAACACCUGUUAUUUUUAGGAUUCCGCAUAAAUUUCUUUUAAACUGGCAUUCUUGCCUAAUGAUGUUACCUAGGCACCAUUGGAGACUGCAAAAAAAAAAUAUUCCCUGCUCUGUAAAUAAAGCUAAUUAAACGUCUGUGUAAAUUUAACAAGGGGAAAUACUUUAAUUUUUUUUUCUUAAUAGUGUAAAAAUUCUUUGAGCUAAGCUAAAACCAUGGGAAACCAUGCUACUUUAGUGUUUAGCAGUGUAACAGACUCCCGAGUUUCCUUCAGGGCUCUGUUGACUGACUCGGAUAACACUCGAGUGUCGGCCCUUCACAUUGUGGUGUAGAAUCACAGCUCCCUUAAGUCUGAACACAGAUCCUCUGUGCCUGUGAAUUUACUUGCAUGCUUGUACUUGACUUCUUAGAACGGGUAGCCAAAAAGACCACCCUUUUAAGCAUUAGGACAUUCUUGAAUUAUGAGAUUUAUCCUGAUUUAAAGGUGGUGACCUAAUCAGAGCUUUUUAGUCCCUGUCACCAUCCAGAGGAAGAUUCUCAUGGUCAAUUUAUUUUGUGUCUGGUGGGAAAUGUGCUGAGGAACAGUGUGUCCCUUGUUCCACUUUUAGCUCAUAGGUUUGGAAUGUUUUGUCCAAGUUCUUCACAUUGUAAGUAGUAAUGUAAAAAGGGGCCGCCAAUUUUAUUUCUCUCACAAAAGGAAUAAAUACUUGAUGUUGCAGUAUUUCUAGAUUUAAUAAAAGGACACUGCUUAGUUUUUCAGUGAA